AUGUCAGCCCCCGGCCUCCCGCUGCCCCCCACAUCCCUGCCGCAGCACUGGGGCUGCCGCGGACCCCCGGACCCCGAGGGCUACAGCAGCAGCUCUCCCGCAGCCUCGCCCGACUCCUGCGGCCUCUCCUCCCCCUCAGCCUCCCGGGGACCCCGGAGCGGCCCCAGGGGCAGGAAGGGAGCCCGGGCAGCAGCGGGGGGCCCGCGGCAGAGCGCCAGCGAACGGGAGAAGCUGCGGAUGCGGCGGCUGGCGCAGGCCCUGGGGCGGCUGCGGCACUACCUGCCCCCCGCGCUGGCGCCCGCCGGCCACAGCCUCACCAAGAUCCAGACCCUGCGCCUCGCCGCCCGCUACAUCGCGCACCUCUCGGCGCUGCUGGGGCUCGGCGAGGAGGCGCUGGGCCGGCGGCGGGGGGCGGCCCCCCGGCACUGCCCGCUCUGCCCCCGGGGCCUGGGCUGCUGCCGGAGCCCGGAGCCCCGCCCGCUGCCGCCCGCACCGGCCCCGAGCCACGCUGCGGCCGCCGGCGCUGCGGGAUGGGGGUCACCUCCCGUGGCCGGGCCCCCCCCGGAGCUGCUCGGGGCUGGCGGUGGGGGGCCGGGGGCCUGGGGGUCAUCAGCUCCCUGUGGCGCUGCAGCAGGGCCCCCCCUGGGGGUGCUUGGGGUUCCAGACGUGGGGCCGGGAGCCUGGGGGUCGGACCCCUACGUCCCUUCGAUGAGGACCCCCCCGGAGCUGUACGGGAGCGCAGUCACCCCUGACACGUGCUCGUGGCCAUCUCCCCUUCAUGGGGCAGGAGCUUCUCCGGACCUCCCUGGAGACCCUCUCCUGGAUGCAGGGCUGAUGCUGCCGGAGUGUGUGGAUGCAGGGACUGUCACCCAGGACCUGUCUGCAGACCUGCUCUCGCUCUUGGAAGCUCUGCUCCCACCGCAGCACCAGGACUGACCCGAUCAAACCCCAGUUGCUCAGUGCCAUGCGGCCCCACUACGCACUACAUGGAUGGAGCAGCUCUGGG